AUAUAAAGUUGACCAUUAAACAAUUACUAUAAUAAAAUUCAAACGAAAAUAAGAUAUGCAUCAAGUUAUUUGCAAUUUUUUGUUGAAAUUUUAAAAUCUUGAUGUAAUAAAUCUAGAAAAAUGAAUAUUUUCCGACACCUACCUUAUGAUUACAAUAUGAUUAUUAAAUAUUAUGCAAAAACAAUUCGAUCGCUUAAUCGUAUCUGAAAGAAAAUGAAUAGAAAACUUUUAAGUUUUCAGACAUCAACAAUAAAUGAUACAAAUGAUAUCACAUUUAAUAGGCCAUCUGAAAUUUGCGAGCUACAAAACUUGAAUUCAAAUGAACAUAUAGAUGAUAUGAAUGAUAUACCCACGGAACAAAAAAUGGAAAUGCCUGAGCAACCAGAAAAUAUAAAAGUAUCCAGAGAAACGUCAGAUAAAAAAUUAUCAGCCGGUAAAGACAAAAGUAAUAAUACGAAAAAACUCAACAAUAAAUUGCGAUUUCGUUAUUAUUCAGUAGGAUUGUUAAAUAGUUUACAUUUGCUGACUGCUAACUCAAAUUGCAACAUUGACACAACUAACAAAAUGUACACACCAAUAAAACAUUUAAAACAACCGCGUACACGCAGAUAUACUAUCAACCUUCCAGAAGAAAAUGAUGAAUUACAAUCUCUAACAUUUAAUGAUGCAGCAUCAUAUAUGGAUAUUGGUGGUGACAAUUCUAUUUUAAAUGAAAUCGAAGAACCAUUAUCUUUGGAUACUAAAACUCCAUACAGUCAUCAACGUCAAAGUGUUAUUAAUAAUAAUAUAAACAAUAAGAGUGGUUUUCGUGAAAGAGGGUGGUCUUUGUACAACUUAAAAGAACAAUUUAUUUCAUUCUUUCAACCAUCGGAUAAUAAAUUAGCGCUUAAAUUAUUUGGCAACAAAGUAGCUUUAGCAUGUGAAAAACGUAGGCAGCGUGAACAAGGUAAAUGGAUUAUACAUCCAUGCAGUAAUUUUCGAUUUUACUGGAAUGUAAUUAUGCUCAUCCUACUUAUGGCUAAUCUUAUAAUGUUGCCGGUGAUAAUUUCUUUUUUUAAUGAUGAUCUACCUGGAAAUUGGCUUAUUUUCAACAGUAUCUCAGAUACACUUUUCAUAUUGGAUAUUAUUGUGAAUUUUCGUACUGGUAUUAUCAGAAAUGAUUUUGUAGAUGAUAUUAUACUUGACCCAACAGAAAUUGCUCGCGAAUAUUUGAAGACAUGGUUUAUUUUAGAUAUGAUUAGUUCUAUACCAAUGGAUUAUGUUUUAUUCGCAUUCAAAGGAUAUGAACAAGGUGAAAGGGCUGAACAUUUGGUGCAGGCAGCAUUUAUGUGAAGGACUCUACUCAAGGGAUGGUAUGUUAGCUGUGUACGGGAACGUGGUGUCAAAGUUGCAACAGUUGUGAGAUGGAGUGAGAAGUUUUAGUGAAUCGAAAGCACGGCGUUAGCAGAACACUUUGAGGCCAGUCGAGAACACAAUUCGGAUAUCAGAAUUCACCGGAAGAUGCAAAUAGACGAUUGAAGGCCAAGUAUGUGUAUUGUGAAAAUACUUCGUAACUUCUCGUAAUAUAUAUAUUUAUCUCCUACCUGUUGUUUUGUUUUACAUUUAUGCUCCAACAGAUGCAAAAGUUCGUCAAUUUUAACACAGCACAGUUUCGUUCAGUAACAUUCUUUACACCAUAACACAAUAAUUAUGGACCUAUAACUGUAGAUCUUGAUAACAAAGUUAACUAAACGCUGAAAAUCCAAUUACUGACAAAAUGUAGCAUUUCAGAUAAAAAAAAGUGUACUUAAACCGAAAAUUAUAGUUUUAUAGAAUUUGGGGCUAUGAUUAUCAACUUCGCUUCAAUACGCAACACAACUAAAACUUUAAACCCAACAGAAAACAAAAGGUCGUAAUCGUAUUCCUCAAAAGAACCUUCACAUAAAGUCACUUCUGACUACAAUACUACUGGUUAUAUCUAUUAUGAAAUGAACUUAAAAUAUGAGAAAUAAAAAGCAUGAGCUUGUUUACUUAAUUAGGCCGGUUAGCUCCUUGUUUAUCAAAGAUGCGGCCCAGAUGCAUACAACAUUCCAUCUCUUCCAGAGAUUCUCCAUCAAGUGUGAGUGGGUUGAUGCUUUCUGUGUCGUAUUGUGUGAAUGGGAUAGGACAGAUAGUUCAUCUGUGAGUUCCAAAUCGUCUAGUUGCAUCAAAGAAGUACUCCGUAUUCAGUGCUUGACUUGUGGUUCGAGGUCUCCAUAAUCCAGUCAACCACCAGAAGAAAGCGAAAGGGAGAGAGUAACCAACCUUGUCUGACACCAACCUCAUCUGGAAUGCAUCUGUCAGUUGUCCUCCUUGCACUACUUUGCAGUGUAGUCCGUCGUAUGAAUCUUGUGUGAUGCCGACGAUCUCCUCAGUUACAACAUAGUUUCAAAGAGGGAACCAUAACAUACUUCCACACACACCGCGAAACACUUUCCCAUAGUCAAGGAAAGUGACACAUAGUGACAAAUUCCAUUCAAUUGAUUGCUCAACGAUGAUUCGUAGUGUGGUGAUUUGGUCUGUGCACGACCGAACCUUCCGGAAUUCAGACUGUUGGUCUCGACGUUGUGCGUCUGUUGAAUCUUUCAUCCGAUUGAGUAACACUUUGUUGAUAACUUUUCCUGUUACCGACAGUGGUGUGAUGCGUCUGUGGUUCUUGCACAUGCAUAAAUCUCCCUCAUUCGGUGUGAUGAUGAGCUGGUACAUUGUCUGGUGCUGUCUUUGACCAUUUUGCUUAAGACACACAAAUUUGCAAAGCUCUCACGCUUUUGUUCCUUUCUCCAACUCCAUUUCAUCCUAUGAUAUCAUCAUACCCAGUGUUGCCCAUUCCAACUAAGGUGUUAAGGUCUCCCAUCAAGAUGGUUUGGUCAUUUCCUGAGCACUUCUGUACGACCGAUUGCAGCAUAUAAUAAAGUUGGUAUUUGUAGUCUUCAUUGCUAUAGUUGGUGUUUGCAUAACACUGGAUAAAAUUCAUUUUGAUCCCCUCCUUGUUCGUUUUGAAGAUUCUGGAUCUAUGAGAUUCCCAUCCUUCAAUGCUUUCGUGCUUCUUUGGACGGCAUCAGCGUAUCUCCUUGAGUGUACGGAGUAUUUUCUUAUUCGUGUCCGGAGUGAAGCAGCAUCCCUCUCGAAAUCAUCCUUUCCUAUCCCGCUUGAGUUCAAUGUGUUUCACUUAUUCCGGACACCGUCAACUUGUAUCUCCUCAAUUCCUCACCCGUUCGACUGAUCCUCCCGGCCCCUCACAUUGUCUGUACAUUCCAUCUGGUUGAAAACGUCCAUAUCUUCGGCCUGUUUGUGUAUCUGGAUUACCUGUUCCUGCUAACUAGAUAUUUCAAAAACUAACCUAUUCAGGUGCCUUUAUGAAAAGUUUACAGCCUUUCGCUGCACAAGUUACAAAAAUGCCCAGAGACAUCGUGAUUGCUGGCAAUAUGCAUCGAAAAGAAUGUACAUCAUUCUGAUGUCAUUUCCUGAAACGCUAACUUUCGACUGGCGACCACUCAUUAUUUAUCGUCAGGAUCGACCAAUAAGUAAGAGACUUGCUGAGAUACUUUGUGCUGAGAAUUCUUUAUUGUACCAAGAGUAUAAUAUUGAAUAAAGCUAAUAAUAAUAUAUUAUUUGUUUCUCUGGUUGUCAGAAGGGACAUCAAACUUAUGAAUCUUUCAUCCGGUUGAGCAACACUUUGUUGAUAACUUUUCCUGUUACCGACAGUGGUGUGAUGCGUCUGUAGUUCUCGCACAUGCUCAAAUAUCCUUCGUUUGGUGUGAUGAUGAGAUAUCAUUCUUUCCAGUAUUUUGAUACUCUUAAGUAAAACCUAUGCCACUGCUAGAUUCCACCUCAGUCGUUCAGAUAUUUGGUUUUUUCACGGGAGAUCGAAGGUUCCGAAUUCAGUCCCUUGUGAUGGGGUCGUAGAUGAAGAUUAGUUGGGAGAUCCAUACUAAAAGGAGACUUUUUUCUAAUGCUUUCUGUUUUUCAAUAUUUUUCUACCUAAAAUCGGUUCGUAAUAUCAUUACCAUAUAUUCCUUUUUCUAAUAAAUAAAAAUAUUUUUAUAUUUCUCUUUUCUUCCGUAAACUUUUAAAUGCUAAACUCACCUCAAUUUAAUUUCGAGUUGCCUGAUUUGGUAAUGGCGAAGAGACAGUGUAUGAUGCUAUUGUUGUUUGCUAGAUUCGAAGAGAGUUGUGCGCUAUAUGCAUGCAACCUUCCCCAUUAUCGUUCCCAUUCAAACCAUAUACUGAAUAUAUAUUAUUGAACUUGGAACGGAUUUCCAAACAAUGUGGAUGGCUGAAAACAAAAAUCACAGCCAAAAAUUCCCACUGGAACAGUUUAUAACAUAAGCAGAGAUGGGUGGUGCCUAGCAGUGAAAUCCAAAACGCCCGUUUCGUCAUGUUUGGGUUUCGUCAGAUGGACGUAUCUGCAUCCAACAAUUACUGUUUACUCCGGGACUCUAACCCAGUACCGUUCGCUCUAAACGCCAUCGCGUUAUCCACUUAGCUACUGAUUCCAGGUAUUCGCUAGCCUGUGCAAUGGAGUAGAACUUUAAUUCUUGUGAAUUAAGACAAUAUCGAGGGAAUCGGCACAGGAUGUACAUAUCCCAAUAAGAGACUAAUCAACUGCAGUCCCAAAUAUUCAAACAAUCAGUAAAAUAACAACAUUAAAUUAGCUCAUAUUUGAUAACUGUAGAAUAGACAGGAAAGCUAUGAAGGAUCUUUCUGUUAUAAAACAACCGCACAAGACAUACCUACAAACAAAUAACAAUUAAAUGUGAUGAAUAUUAUAGUUUUAUAACUAACUACAAAAGCAUACUUACAAAUAAACCCCAUACACCAUUAGUACCAUUUGGUAUAAUUCUUAGUAAAAUUUGCAUUUGAAGUGAUUAGAAUAAAACUUAAUUUUCAAGUCACCGAUCAUUUUGGUAUAAUUAAUGAACCAUACUUUCGAACUAAUAUCAUAUAUUCAUGUCAAAUGCAUAACGUCUGUUUACUUUUUAUUGGAAUAAAACUGACAACUGUGUGAUGAAGUUGACAAAAGAUAUUAAAUGUACCAACAAUUAUAUAUUAUGUAAUUUUUAACACAUUUCAGUGAGCUUGUUUAUCAUACGAAAAUUCGACGUGUAAUAUGUUUAUUUCGCCAACGAAUGUGAAAAAAACUGAUUUCCAAAAUGGCAUAAAAUACAAGGUAGAUAGCUGGACAUUCUUCUGAAAUAAACUUUAGGGUAGGGGUUACGUAAGCAAGCAAUAGAGCGCAGGUAUUAAAGUACACUUGCUUAUAUUGUUGUUUUCUUAGAAGUAGAAGUUGAAUAAUCAUUUAAAAUGUAGCACCUGCAUGAAGUUUGAAUCACUACGAAACCAAGUUUUUUUAAUAUAGACUGAAACUAUUUAUAGCACUAAAGAAAUAUAAACCUGAAUGUCGGAACUCUCAAAAGUCACUUUUAAGUAAUAUUUUAGACUGAUUACUUACCUCUUUUUAUAGUUAGCACUCAUCAAAUUGUUUAACUGCUUACCACUCAACGAAUAGUUUGUUUCACUAUAGCAGUCUCUGAAUAUGAUACGCAAUGAUAUGUGCUGAAAUUACAUGUAGAAUAUCGCCUCCUGCAAGAGAGAAGGUACAUUUUGUUGACGAGUGCCAACUAGUACAGCAUAAAGAUCCAGCUGUCUCCAGAUAAGUGACAUCUAAAAAAACAAACUGCACCACUGACUGUACUGCUAAGUAUGACAUGAAUCACUAAUGCAUGUAUUAUAAUAUUCUCUGACUGAGAUCACAAACGGAUUGAUGUUAGACCACUAUUGAAAACUUGGAAGCAUUAGAUGGCCGUUUUCUCCUAUUGUGUGCAUCCACGGUCCCGCUCGCGAGAUUAGAACCCGGGGCCCUCAGUCUCGCGCGCGAAUGCUUAACCUAUAGACCACUGAGUCAUCAUGAACCGAUUAAUUCAUGAUCUCGAUCAAACGAAACUUAAUAAUCUCCACAACCCUAUACUGAUACCAUAGUAUUGAAUGAAUUAGUCACUAGUUUAUAGAAAAUUGUAUACUUCGUCAAUUUUUAAUCAAACGCUUCCGAACUUCCUAUUCUAUUAAAUAAUCUGAUCUCGAAUUUUCUACAAUUCUACAAUUACUAAAAGUGUAAUUUAAGAGCUAGUUCCUGAAAUUCAUAAUAAACUUUGAUAUAUUCAAUACAAUUCCUUUUUUUCAAUAAGUAAAAUAGUACGAAUUAACGACAAGUCAGUGGAUCAAGAUUUACAUGAAUUGCGUAUAUCGUGAUAGAUCACCUUAACAGAUAUGAUUGAUAUGAGUGAGCGAUAAUUACUUAAGUUAAACUAAUUUACUAAUUACUUACUUACGCCUGUUACUCCCAGUGGAGCAUAAACGACCGACCAACAUUCUCCAACCUACUCUGUCCUGGUCCUUCCUUUCUAGUUCUAUGCAAUUUUUGUUCAUCCUUUUCAUGUCUGUCACUAUUUUUAGGAGUAACGUGUUCUUUGGUCUUCCUCUCCUCUUUUGGCUUCGAGGAUUCCAUGUGAGGGCUUGCCUUGUGACAUAGUUCGGUGCUUUCCUCAACGUGUGUCUUAUCCUCUUCCAGCGCUUCUUCCUGAUUUCUUCCUCCGCUGGAAUCCGGUUUGUUCUCUCUCACCUAUUGUGGGAGAGAAACCUCGAAUUGAAAACCAAAAUAAGUAUCUAAUGAAAGAAGUCAUUCUAUGUGACAAAGAACACAUUUUAAUGGAAAACAUUUAAAGUAAAACUAAAAAUAAUUAAAAUUCAUUCAAACUUUCGACAAAUGUAUGGUUUGAAUUUACGCAAGUCAUUUAUUAAAUAAUGAAAUUGGAACAUGUUUAUUACGGUUCAUUCUUGACAUCUAAACCAGAUUAAGACAUUUAUUUCUGCAAUCUAUCUGAAUUAAAUUGAAAUUUAUUUAUUUCACAAUUUUAUUUUGAAAGAUAAUCAAUACUCAACUAACUGGUUUGCUACUAUGAUCUCUCUCUCUUGCUCUCUUAAUCUGAUUAAAAAAUAUAUUCCGUUUGUUCCAAUACUCUGACAUCUUGUUUCAAUUACUUCAACGUCAGUUGAAAUACAGGGAAAUCAUGUAAUAUCGGUCAAGUAGAUGGGAAUAAGUUCUAUGCUGACUUUAUUAUUAUUUUUUCCCCUUUUUCGCUAAUCAGAUAUAACAUUUGAUUAAAAUUAACGAAUUCAAAAAAGAAGUUAUCAUACGAACACAUAGUGUUCAAAAUGCUAAGACGAAGAAUAUUCACGUUAUUCAUAUACUCUCUAUGCAAAAAAGUUGAUCUUAAUCUGUAACAAUUUCAUUUAAUCAGGUUGAACUCUUGUUUUUCCCUCAAACACAAACUUAAUUAAAUGAAGUUUCAAAAAUCGUAAGUUUUCUUCAAUAAUUUACGAAAAAAUUUUGUUGAAGUUUGAAUGAAUAGUUUAACAGAAAUUGGGUACUGAGUAUGCGGAAGAAACAAUCCGUAAAAAUAAUAAUUAAAAUUAAUUAAUUCCAAAAAGCUUGAACUUCAGAAAAAUAAUCAGAAUUAUAAAAAAAAAGAAAUUUCGUAUUCAAUAACCAAAUUACAGUAAAACCCUGUGUAAUAAUGCUUAAUUAUGUGUUUAAGGUCAUAGGACAAUUCGACACAAUUGUUCACAACAUGAAAAUUGCAUGAGUAUACUAUAGCUGAUCUGUUUGUUAUUGUUCUUAAAGAAAAACGGUGAGACUAACUGUAUUUGCAUAUUUUAAAACUUCGUACAUGUAAAUGAAAUAAUUUAGUCGAAGUAUGUGUAUUAUUAAAUCAUUCAUAUAAUUGCGAUGUUAAACUAUCGGCAAGCAAAUACAAACCCGAAUGCGAUGACGAAAUACGGCCUCACUUUCGAGGGAUCGUGUUUGAGAUGAUGAAGACAGGCUGGACGUGCAGUUCCACAUACAUAUUUCUGAAUCAACAGUUGCCACGAGACAUCAAUCCACUGCUAAUGUUGUUGUAGUCAGGUCGUACAUACAGUGCCUUUACUGUGUAUCUGACUUAGUACACACAAAAUCCUUUCUGAUAGAUCGUGCUUAGUUCAAAGUCCAUUUUUCCCCUGAAUCUAUUGAGUAUAGUGUAAUUCAAGAACCAUUCCCAAGAUUCUUUGUCAUUACGACAAGAGUAUCAUCCUACAUAAUGCACCACGUUAAAUGCAGCAGCCCCUGAGAUUUGUAGAGACCUGAGAGAUUUGAACUUCGAUUCCAUUGGCUUCCAUAUCUAUGAACUAUUUUGGUAAGCCACUGCACUACAUUCAUGGUUGUGAUGAGCGUUUCCACAAAUUGAAAUCUAAUAUCUUUGGAAGAUAUAAACGCUGGACAACUGCAUAUUGAUGAAGCACUGGGCGAGACAGCUUUGUGAAUUUGCUACACUUGCUUCGUUCUCUGCGGACUAUCAGGAUUUCUUCUGUCGGCUUUACGACCAAUUCUACAGCACACGAGCUUGGAGUGCGGUUUCCGAUUCCGAUGGAGCUAAAAAUCACAAAUGGCACAAUUUCACCAGCUAGAAUUCUCUUACUGUAUUCUUAAGUGCUUCAAGUGACAGCAACGUUAUUAGAAACUUAACGCUCGAAAAUAAAUCUGCUGUGAUUGUAAUCAUGUUCGAACUAGAAUUUGAAGUGGUAAUGGUGUGUUUAGUCGAGCUCAUCGCUAUCAAAGUGUUCGUCAUGGUACAAAUUAUAUGAUUUUAUACCAAUAUUAAAUCAAUAAGAGGUAGUAAAAUACUUUUUAUAGCUAAUAUUACUAUUGUAGUUAUCAUUACCAAGGUCAGUGCGGUCAAGGUGAAUUAUGUAAUACUUGAAUUUGUAUUUGUGUAUUAAUGGGUAUAAAAUGUAACAUUUCUAUUGCAAAAAGAUAAGGUUAAAUUUAUAUGCAUGGUAAUAGUGUGAUAUGUGAAUGGAAUCGACAUGAUAGCUCGGACAGAAAGUUCAAGUCGGAUGGAUAACAAUGCUCUCUUUUCUAUGAAGAGCUAUUUAAAGUUCUAUUGUACCAUGGCGGUAUGGUAAAAUUACGGUACUAAUCCAUGGUAUUUCAUUUGAAUCAUUAUCUAGCAGUUAAUAGUCUCAUUUUAUUGCGUUUUUUUUAUUGUAUUCCUUAAAAAAUUAUUAAAUUGUAAGACUUUAUUUAAUUGAUUCAGUUGCUCUUGUUUAUCCUCUAAAUAUGUAAUAAUCUUUUUUGCUCUUCUAAAGGGACUUAGGGCUAGAGAAAUUUCUUAACUGAAUAGAUGUAAUAAAUUGAAAUCAGUAUAACGAUUCUAGUGUCGGUUUUCAGUAUACAUUUAGAGCUCCAUUUAGCUUUUUUAAACUAAGUAGUCUAAAAAUGAUAGCUUACUGUGUUCAUUCUCAUCCUCGAAAGUAAAUUGAAUGUGGGGUCAGAAUCUAUUGACCAGUUUAGAAGAAGUUCGUAGGAGAUUCUAUGUCAUGACGACAAAAGUACCAUCCAACUAUGUGAGCCAAAUUCGCGGUUGAAUGCCAUUGACGAAAUUAUUUGAUUCUAUAUGUGGCAUAAACGGGUUGGCAAUGAUCAUUGACACGCAUGAUCUCAUUUCCAACAACAACAGGUUUAAAGAGAGCAAGAGGAAAAGUGUGAAAACAUUUUCCUUAGUGUGUGGUUGGGUGAGAAUAUAGAAGUCAAACCACAGCCGUUUUAAUGUUACUCUUGUCUUUAUACGCCCAAAAUCCUUUCUGAUAGAUCGUGAUUAGUUCAAAGUUCAUUUUUCCCCUAUUUCUAUUGAGUGUAGUGCUAUUCAACAUCUAUUCUCAAGAUUCUUAUGGUUAACUGACAAUUUAAGAACAUGCUUCAAGCAUUGUUUGUGUUCUUUCAACUUCAUAGUCAGACAACUGGACGUUUUCCCUCAUUUACCUCAUCACAUUCAUGACAAUUAAUUUCAUAGACAAAGUUCUAUUGUUCUGCAUUCGAUAACUUAUUCUCAACUUUGACCAAUGCCAAUUUGAUGGUAUGAGUUGCUCAGAAAUGAACCCUAAUAUCAUACAUAUUUAGAAUCCUUUUAUUUUAUCUGGUGCUUCUUCACGCUUCGGGAUGACAACAACGUUUUUCUCCGUUUCAGUGUAAGCCGUUUAAGUUUGUUUUUCUUUCAUUUUGGAGUUUUCUUAUACUCCACGGCUAAGAUCAUUUCAAAUAUCAUUUUUAUACAUUACGUUUUCUUCAAAAUGGUUCCUAAACAGUUUUACGCACCGAUUUAAGAAUGUUCAAUAUUCGAAUCCGUUUUUCUAAAUUUUUUUGAAAGUAUGAAGACGUUUGAACUUAUGAACAAAUGGAAACGUAAGUUCUUGUGAUGGAUUGAUCCGAAAUCACAAAUUUUUGUUUGUCAAAUGAAUUUCACUAUAAAUAUCAGUUACGCAGCAAAUGAAUAAUUCCAUAGGCCUGUUUCGCUUUCCGACAAAUUAAAAUAAAUCAACACGAAAGAGAUUAUUUUGAAUCAAUAAACCAUUUAGUGUAUUUUGGUGGUUUCUUUAAAUAUGGAUACAACAUAAUAUAUUUACCCGAAUUCAUAAAUAAUUAAAUACCGAAACUAUCACAGGGUUUGAAUUGAUGGAUAGAAUAAUUUAUAAAUGAAUGUUAUUCCAAUAUAAUUAAAGUUUUUAAUUAUUAAAUAAAAGGGAUCGCAUAAUUAGCUCUUACAAUUUGUAAAAUUCAAAGGGCUGUUAAGACCAUGAGAGAAUAAAGGUUUGAACAUGAUUCUUCUGUAGAUAGAGAUCGGGUUUGAAAUGAUGAAUUAUUAUAGCCUCAGUUGUGCACGAAUCGCUUAUCCAAACUUUUUUUCAGCCAGUCACAGAUUAAGAACAUAAUUCCCCGCCAAUAAAUUUCCAAUUACAUCUUUAUAGACAUGUAAAGCAGUUUGAAUUAGAACGUUUAAGCUGAGUUUUCAGCUGGAAUACUAAAGCAAUAUAUAUUAGCACUUAAUAUAACGUGAUGCAUUGGAAGAUAUUAGAUCAAAUACAGUUGGACUGAACUUACUUAGUUCUGAUAACAGUCAAAACAUAAAGAAUUUAAUGACAUCUCUACUACCAAAGCAUUUAAACGUGAAUGAUUGACUUUUCGAAUAAAAAGUUUACAUUUCGGCCUCCUUGUUUUGACGGUUUUCAUGGUUUUCAUAAUAUUAUUUACCGACUCUGCCAAAAUUUUUUAGAGUAACAUACUCUAAAACUUUAGAUCAAGAUGGGAAUUAAGCAAAACGGAACAUAAAAAUUUAGCAACUUAAGUAUUUUCUAUUGUAAAUGAUUCUCAAUUAGUUUUACUUUUCUUUAUUGACAGGUCGUGCGCUACGAAUACUGCGAUUAGCAAAACUCCUGAGUUUAUUAAGGCUUCUACGUCUUUCGCGUCUAGUUCGUUAUAUAACACAGUGGGAGGAAGUAAGUGUCGCCAGCCAAGUCUCUUCAGUUUCAUUACUGAACAGAAUUCUGUAGAUAAUCGACCCCUUCUAAAACUUCCAAAACCUUUUUAUUUUUCAACAAACAAUCUUACAUCUAGUGCAUUUUUUUAUAAAACCGUUUAGUUAAACACAUCAUUUUCAAGAUAAGUUUAUUCAAAUUUUGAUCAAGUUGAUCAAGCCUCAAAAACCGAUGUGUACUACACAGAUUUUAUAUCGUACUUUGAUACCAUUUAGAAGUUAACACACAAGACUUCAUUGUGGAUCAAACAUAUAAUUACAAAGUUUAAAAGAAACCUUGAUAUCCAUGGAUGGCUGAAUGUCAAACCAACAGUCUUCAUUUCUUAGUUACAUUAUGAUAUGUAUGUGACUAUCAUUCAAUUGUUGAUAUCUGUUUCACGUUAUAGAUAUAAGCAACUAGUUACUGCUUUUCAUCAGAACUUCAGGAAUUUUUUUCGAAACUUGCCACCGAUAUAUCCAUGAUAAUUAGUAAGAAAGAGAUUUUUUGGAUACAACACAAAAUCCUCUAGCUGGUUCCCGAUUAUAAAAUACUAAUUUCAUAUUUCCCAUUGUAUUAAUAAUGUCCUUUCUAUAGUACUUUAAUACUCAUUGAUCAAAUAUGCAUCCAUUUACUCGGGCAUUGUACAUAGUCAAUCUAUGAAAGCACUCAGAAUUUUAUUUAACUAGCAUAGUAAGAGUUAUUCUAUUUUAUAGAAGCAAUCAAACUCAUGUUUUAAAUAGUUCAGAAUAUUUACGUACUUAAUUGUAAGUUACUAAGUUGAUAAGAAAAAUCGAUUUCAGUUAUUAAGCGAUUAUUUGAAGUCUAAACUACGUUUUAUUUAUACAUCAAAGUGUUUUGUAUUACAUGAUUGAUAACGACACAAACACUUCAAUGGUAACUUCUUUCAUUAGAAAGUUUCAGUGAAUUUAGAUAAUAUAGAUAUAUUGUCGAAAUUAUAAGUAAAUUGUAUUGACUAAUACCCAAAUUAGAAUUGAAUCCUUCACUGGUGAUACUACCAUAACAUGUAUUCUUUAGCAUGAAAUGCCAUAGUUUUCUCACUAGAUAUAUCUCACUAAUAUUUAUGGUAGCGUCAAUUUAUGCAGUUUUCUAAAUAAAAGUCUGGAAAAUUAGAAAGUCUUCAAUAUAGACGGAACUUGAAGACGACAACCCCUAAAAUACUCUCACUGUUCAUUAAUACUUCUACAAUUAUCUUUUACACUUCUGUGUAAUAAUUUUUAGAUCUCUGAAUAAUCUCCAAUCUGAAUUUUAACUGAUAAAAAUGGAAUAUGCUUAUUAUAGGUAUAAAAAUUUAGCAUCCUGAAGAGAACGAAAUGCCUAAUGGAAGCUCAAGGAUAAGUAAACUGUGAUCAGCUUAAAAAGAGUUCAUCAAAGCAAAGUAACUUUGUCUCUGUGAAAGUAAAUAAAAAGCUCACUCAUACGUGAAUUAUGUUCUAAAAUGCUUGUUCAGAAUGAUAAUAAAAGCUUUAAAAUUAAAGCAUCCAGUUCAAAUGAUGCGACACCACUAAAACUAUCCACCUAAGCUAAACACCUUAUCCAACACUUCCAAACAAAUUACCUAAUAUAUAACUACUUUAGAAUAUCGCAAUACACUGGUUUGUAAUAUUUUAAAGCAUUUAACAUUUUUUAUGAUCAAUGGGUUCGAAUAAAUGCACUGUGAUUCAGUAGCCCAUAAAAUGUUAACUUGUGUGAGGUCAUUUACAUUUUGAUUGGUGCAAAUAGUUUAUACGGGGUAACUAAUCUAAAACAGUAUAUAUUGUAUCGAAGAAAAGUGGGAUAUCAUUCAAAUCUGAAACCUUAGUAUAUUUUAUUUAUAAAACCGUAUAAUUUGGUAUGUGUAAGUUUGUACAGAAAAUCUUCUGAACUACUAAUAGCCUCUUCACCAAUUUUUUACAAAACAAUAGUUUUAUAGUUGAAACAUUCGAAUCAUUUGAACCUUCAUUUAAACCUACUAAAUUAAGUGCUGAUAAUAUGCAUGAAUAAUAUCUGUCCGUUGAAAUCAGAAUGCUCAUUCCUCCUUAUCCCGAACAUGUCAGUUGGGUGUACUUGCAUUCCAGAGUUGAUGUUUACACUGAGACCCAAACACAAUACCGAAUGCUUGCAGAAUCCAACGUUAUAUAUCUAUCAAACCAUUGAGUCCAGCUAACAAUUAGCUUGUUCAGCAGGUACAAAGGUAUUACUAAAAGUUUAUAAUUUCCUGUUGUUAACAUUUGAAGCUGCGAUUAGUCAUUCAAUGAGGGCAUGAACAGAGGAUUAUGGUGUAUGGUAGUGACGAGUUUUAAAUGGGGUUAAAAGAACGAAUCAGAAUCUCGCUUCUAACUACAUACAAAAUGCACUAAAACUUGUGGCAUAACUCUAAGUAAGCUACUCAAGAUUCAUAUAUGGUAACUGAGACUGAUCAAUUACAGUUUUUAAUAUCAACUACAGGAAAUCGUGAAUCUGUACUAAUAAAUACUAAUAUAUUUCAAUAAUUUAGAACUUAGUAUUUUCGAUAAACAGCUUUCGAAAAUAAAAUAUCAACUUUCAUCAUUUUCGAAUGUAGUUUACUCGUAAUUUCAUAAAAUACAUUACUCCAUGCUUAAUAAAUAACUGAAUCUACUUACUGAGAUAGUUAAAUAUAUUGUAAAUAUAUUUUUUACUCACUUUGUUGUGCUAAUAACCAUAACCGUAAAUAUAUUAUACAAACUAAACUACUCAGCUAUUCAACUAACUCCUAAUGAAAUAUAAUUUUAGUAAAUUAAGUAAUUUCACACAACUGUAAUGCUGAAAUUAUAAUAAUCUAUUUAUAAUUUACAUAAUGAUGAUCAGUCUGCUUGGUUCGUUACCGUAUUGUAUAUUCGUCUAGCUACUUACAACGAUAUCACUUGAUUUUGGAUAAUUCUUUGCUCAAGUAACUAUUUAUUUCACCACAACAAUUAUUCUGUACACAAAAGUUGUCGUUUUAAUUUAUCUCAAACACCUAUACCAAGUGACAUAAUAAUUAAACAUGAUCAUGAAUACAAUGCUUAGUUCACACAUCUUUGUUAAUGAUGAAAGAAUGAUCAGAGAAAUCCUCAACGGACUUUGAAUUAGGGAAUAAUGAAAUAAUUCGAAUUGUAUUUCUCAGGUUUCGUUUUCAGUCCUAAUAAAUUAAUCAAACAACUUCUGUAAAUCCCCACUAUGUUUACACAAAAUUAUGAGUUUUCCAUAAAGCAUCAUGUAUAUUAAUUUCUUACGUGAAAAAUAUCAUUUUCAUAUAUUUUCUCAUUUAUUUGAGUUUAUCAAUAUUGCAAGCAAAUUUAUGGGAAUAUGUAAUUUAGUACUAAUUAUGCUAAUAUUGGGCCAUUGGAAUGCAUGCUUACAAUUUCUUGUACCAAUGUUGAUGGAUUUUCCAAUAGACAGUUGGGUCAGUAAAGCACGAUUACAAGUAAGUGAUAAAAUAAAAUCUUGUUGAUUUGUUAACGGCAAGUAUGAGUCGUACAGUUUAUAAUCAACUUACUUAAAACAGGUUGUAUUCAAAAAUAAAGUGGUAAAUAGUCCCCAUGAUAAAGUACUUUUAUAUUAUCAUAUUUAUGGUUAAAAUCUAGGAUGUAGACUUCAGUAAUUCGAUCAUAUCAUUAGAGUGGAGAUUUUAGUAAGGUAGAACUUCGAGAACGUAUGAAUCAUAAUUUCACCAGAAAGCUAUCUAUGGUUUUGUGAAGUUAAUGUAUUUGCUUUUCUUAAUAUGAAGUAUAUGCUUUAAUGAAUCGUUGACCAACUUACAACAUUCACCUUACUUCUUCCUAUCUUAUGAAAUAUUAUAAUUACCACGAAGUAUUUUCUAAAUCAAUAACCACCGUAAAGUUUGAAGGGCAGUUACCUUAUGAACAUUAGAUAAAAUGUAAGAUACAUAACAAAUUAUUGUCUCCAAGAUUUGUAACCGUUGAAAAUAUGAAUGAUAUGGAUAAUCACUGUGUAAUUAUGUUUAUAAGGACCCUUCAAAUAAGUGAUGUAAGCAACACAGAUAGACAUAAACUGGUCUACUAGUAGUCAGAAUAACACAAGAUGGCAUGAAAAGUAUAGUCAUUAAAAAGAAUGAACUUGAAUUUGAAAAAAACUAAAAGUCAGGAAAUAAGACUAGAUGGCAAUUAUCGAGCUUACUUAUUCUCAAAGUACAACUUGGGUACCUAUGACCACUAAUCGUUAACCUUUAAUUUUUUUUAAUUUUUAGAAUGCUCAUUGGUUUGAACAAUAUACAUGGGCUUUGUUUAAAGCACUAUCACAUAUGCUGUCGAUUGGUUAUGGACGUUAUCCUCCAAGUACAUUGCCAGAAGCAUGGAUUACUAUUAUAAGUAUGAUGACAGGUGCUACAUGUUACGCUCUAUUUGUUGGUCAUGCAGCAGCACUGAUACAAUCAUUUGAUGCAUCUAAACGUAAAUAUCGAGAGAUGUUAAAACAAGUUGAAGAAUAUAUGGCUUAUAAAAAAUAUCCUCGAGCGUUAAGAAGACGUAUUGCUGGUUAUUAUGAACAUAGAUAUAAAGGUAAAAUGUUCAAUGAAAAAGAAAUUUUAGGUGAAUUAUCAGAGUGCCUAAGAGAACAAAUUAUAAAUUACAACUGUCGUGCCUUAGUAGCAUCUGUUCCAAUAUUUGCUAAUGCCGACCAAAAUUUCGUGUCAGAGGUUAUUGUUAAGUUAAAACAGGAAGUAUUUCAACCCGGUGAUUUAAUUAUUAAAGAAGGAACGUACGGCACAAAAAUGUAUUUCAUACAAGAAGGUGUUGUUAAUAUCAUUACUAAAGAUGGUAUACUAGCUACAAGGUUGUCGGAUGGGUGUUAUUUCGGAGAAAUAUGCUUAUUAACAAAUGCACGACGUGUAGCUAGUGUUGAGGCUGAGACUUAUUGUACACUUUACUCACUGGACCAAAAAAACUUCUACGAUGUUUUAGAAAAUUAUCCGGAAAUGAGAGUAACAUUGGAAAAGGUAGCUGCAGAACGCCUACAAUCUCUUGGUCGUAGAGCAUCAAUUAUACAGGCCUCAAACAAUAAAAGUGAUUGGUCAGAUUAUGCUCUAAAAAUGGCUGACGAGGUAAAAUUACGUUAUAAAACACCAACAUAAUGCAAAUUAUUCCACAAAGGAUACCUGCUGUGGAAAAGCCCAGAUUAAUAAUGAAUCAAAUAAAUCCAUUAUUCAAAAAAAUAGAUCUUUAGCAUCCAUGGAUUUCAGCAAUGCUUUUUUGGAAACUGGUCUGAAAACAAAAGUGUCAAAUCCUGUUAUUGUUCAGUCAACUGAAUUGCUAAAUAUCCAAAAUGAUCAUUUUGAUAAAGAAAUCAGAUUGAAAAUGCAACAACCUAUUAUUACUACAACACAAAUACAUUUGUCAAAUGAAUUUGAGAGCUCAAUAACAAAUGGAUAGUUAUAUAUACACAUAUAUACAUACAUUUAUUCAUAUUACUUAUAAGUUAAAAGAAACAACCGAUUUCACCAUUAUUCACCAUUGCUAUCAUAAAACUACUCCAUCAGUAUUCCUUCAAUUUUCAUUUUGUAAUUAUUCCCGAACUGCUUUUUUCAUAAACGGAUAUAUGAGCACUUAAAAAUAUGACUGAUGAAACCCUGUUUAAAGACUAUGAUAAACUGUGUAACCUUAUUUCAUUAUUUUUGACUGUUUACAAACAAGUAUAACUAUUGUAGUAGAACCUACUUGGGGUGCAUAUCAACUUUGUAGAUGAUUAUUCCAAAAAUAGUUGCCGAAAGAUUAUUAUUAUUAUUAUUAUUAUUAUUAUUAGAAUUGACAAAAUCAAUCAGGUUUUAUGCCUUAAUAGCUUGUGUAUCAUUAGAUUGAAUAAUUUUUUGAAAAUUACCAUAACUUAUAAUGACUUCGCUCACUUUUUUUUCACAAGAAAUCUUAUUGUCCUUAUUUAUCGGAUGAAAUAAAGAACGUAGACC